UGCAUACUAAAUGACGAUAAAGGUGCUUAAGGUGUAUCAGUGGCACUUGUGACACAGAAAAUCAUCUUCAAUGUAUCGAUACCUAGUGUUUCCGGAUAUUAAUCGUUUUAAGGAUUGGAUUUCUUUAACGUGAUGACGAUGGAUAAUUAUUCUGUCGAGCCUUGCCUGUGUAUUCUGUUUUUUCUAUGGGUUCUUAUUUCACCAUCACACUCCUUUGGUAACUGGAUGUAUUUAGGCGUUUCCUCAAUUACCGUACCAAAGGAGAAUUCAUGCAGCAAUUUCCCGGGUCUUGUUGACAAACAGAAAAAUCUUCUAUGCAUACAGAACCCACAGGCACUAAGGAGCGUCAGCGAAGGGGCGAAAAAAGCGAUUUACGAAUGUCAGGCUCAAUUUCGAAAUGAGAGGUGGAAUUGCACCCUGAGUUCAAAUUAUUCCAUUUUUGGACACGUGCUGAGAAAAGGUACAAGAGAGACAGCAUUUAUAUACUCAAUUCUAAGUGCGGGUGUCGUGCAUUCUGUGACGCAAGCAUGCACGGCGGGAAAUCUAACGGCGUGCACGUGUGAUGUGAGUGUACGUGAAGGUGAACAUACUGUGGAGGGGUGGAAAUGGGGGGGAUGUAGUGACAAUGUUCAAUAUGGAAUUGAAUUUAGCCGUCAGUUUGUUGACGCAUCGGAAACGCAACGUACUGAAAAAUCUGCUAAUAUUCGGAACAGAAUGAACCUACAUAAUUAUGAAGUGGGUCGACAGAUUGUUGCAGAGCUUAUGAAGUUUAGAUGUCGAUGUCAUGGAGUUUCCGGAUCAUGCGCGGUUCAGACUUGUUGGAAAGCGCUAUCUGACUUCCGGACGAUAGGAGAUACCUUAAAACGGAAGUACGAAUCACCAAUUCAAAUUGCCAGACGAUCUUUGCGAAAAUUAAAGAGAGCAGAAAAAAAGAAACGAAGAGUGCCUAUCACUAAUAUGGAGUUAGUCUACGUUCACAGAUCACCAAAUUAUUGUAAGGCGAACAAAAAGAGGGGGAUUCUGGGAACAAAGGGACGUGAAUGCAACAAAACGUCAUUAGGGUCAGACAGCUGUGACCUUCUGUGCUGUGGGCGUGGUUAUAAUACUCAAGUAGUGAGACUUGUUGAAAGAUGUGAAUGCAAAUUUAUUUGGUGUUGUUACGUAAAAUGCAAAACAUGCGAAACUCUUCUUGAUAAACAUACGUGCAAAUGAAGUUGAGCUCCAUUAAAUUACAUGUUUUGUGAUCAAAGCAAUAUUUCGCCAGAGAUGAACAUAUGUCUGGACAUCCUGAAUUUACCCGACAGACUCAGAGAUUUUGUCGAUGGAGAAAUGAAAAAGAGUGCAAAUGAAUUGCCUCCUUGUGAUAUUGCAAGAAGCAACUGUUCCCAUCCCGAAUUUACACGACACUUUUCUUUAAUUGUCGUAUAGUUUCUGAAUUUGUUCAGUAUCACACUUAGAAAUAGUACUGGUCCUUAUACGACAUAGAAGUAUACGCGUUUUAUUCAACGUUGUGGUCGCUUUGUGAUUCUGUAUCUUUUUAAAAAUAAUUUUAACCUAUAGUAUUUUGUCUAGACUGUGCGGCGACGGUUAUGAAUGUAAUAGGUCUCAGGAUGAACUCGUAUUUAACGAUGAAUAUCGAUAAUGAUGAUAAUUUAUUUCACAUUUCAUGACAUUUUUUUUUAUGAUUUUCUAAUUACCUGUACAUAUAUACAUGUAUCACAGUGCUGUCUUUACCUACAUUAACAAAUAUUAGAUCAUUUAGAUGUAUUCAGCAAAAGUAACUUUGCAUUCACAAUUUGCAUUUGAUUUCAUACUUUUCUUUUUUAAUCUUGUUAUAUGCUUUAUUUUGUUAUAGUUUUACCACAGUUACAUAUUUACAAUUGUCUGUUUCCAUUAUACAUUGUACAUAAAUCUGCUUGUACAUGUUUAUAAAAGUACCAAACCAAGUUUGUACCUUUUAUCUAUUUUUCACAGUAGUAUAGUAUAGUGCAAUGGUAAUAAAUUUCAGUAAAUUAAACUUUGAAAGAGGUAUAUUUUAAUAAUGACAUUUUAUUUACGGUGUAUCUAUGGAACGGACCAUUAAGCAAUGAGUCGAGAAAGUGUUAAUUCUGGUUAAUUAAUAUUAAUGUAUGUUAAUGUAACGAUACAUUUGCAACAGGUGUUAAAUUUGACGAAUCAAUUGCUACAGCAUUUAUCUUUAUAAUUGUUGUAAACUUGUUUUUUUUUUAAAUCUUCUCUCUCAAAACUGUAUAUCUUGUCUGUAUAUAUAUUCAUGAAAAAGAACAAUUAACAACAAAAAAUGGAAGUUUGAUAAAAUACAGGUGAAAUGCGCAAAUAUGGCUCCACUUUUUGUCAUACCAUGAGCGAUAACAUCUUUUGCUGCAUCUUUUACACUGUUUAAGCGAGAACAAGUCGCAGUGCCUCCAUUAUACGGUCUUGGAGACAGUAAAUAAAUUCGUAGAUCACACUCUACAAAACAAAGUAA